UUCCCAGGUAAAUAGAUGAAUUCAACAGACAAGCUUGGUUGAGAUCCAGAAGAAUUAAAGAACCCCACAGCUACCAAUUCUAAUUUUAAUAAUAUUACUAAAAAUAUUUUCAAAUAAAGAGCUUACCAAACUUUAGAAUGUUGAAUCCUCCUAUUGUAAUUUCUUCUUGUAACGCCGCCCGUCCAUUUCCGGCGUCGUCCAUUCCCGGAAUUCUAUUCCCUUCCGCCGCCGCUGCCAUUAAAUCCGAUAAUCCCAAUCCCAAUCUCCGUAACUGUAAGGAGCGUCACAUCAAUAGUUUUCAUAACUAUCUUUACUUUAAUAUUACAUCUACUGCUACUUCUUCUUCUUGUCUCCUCCGCCCUCCUUCUGCGGGAUCUUUCCUCUCCUCAUCCCUCUCCGGCUUUUCUUCCUCGCUUAACAGAACCAGGGGCGGCGACGGCGACGGCGACGGCGACGGCCGGCGGGAUAAGAACUUGUCCAUGGGUGGUUUCACGGAUGUAGCCGCGUUGGAUUCAUCGGCUGCUCGAAAGAUACCUCGACUGAAUGCUGCCGUCCUCGGGGAGUCUCUUGCUACCGAAGAUGAUCAGCUCAUUUUAUCUAGCGAUCAAUUCUCUUCCAACGCUCAUAUUUCUUCCUACCAUCAGUAUUUGGAGAUGUACAAAAGGUCCAUUGAAGAUCCUGCUGGAUUUUGGUCCGACAUUGCGUCUUCCGAGUUCUUCUGGAAACAGAAAUGGGAUCAGCAAGUCUAUUCUGAAAAUCUUGAUGUCCGAAAAGGAGAAAUCAAGAUAGAGUGGUUUAAAGGCGGAAUUACCAACAUUUGUUAUAACUGCCUUGAUAGAAAUAUUGAGGCUGGACUUGGGGACAAGGUUGCUAUUUACUGGGAAGGAAAUGAGCCUGGUUUUGAUGGCACCUUAACUUACAUUGAGCUUCUACACAAAGUUUGUCAGCUAGCAAACUUCCUGAAAGAUAAUGGGGUCAGAAAAGGUGAUGCUGUUGUAAUUUAUAUGCCCAUGCUAAUGGAGCUUCCUAUUGCCAUGCUUGCUUGUGCUCGAAUUGGUGCUGUUCAUUCGGUUGUUUUUGCGGGGUUUUCUUCAGAAUCUCUCGCUCAAAGAAUCAUAGAUUGCAAACCAAAAAUUGUGAUUACUUGCAAUGCUGUUAAACGGGGUUCUAAAGUUAUCUACCUUAAAGACAUCAUAGAUGCUGCUCUCAUAGAAUCAGCACAAAAUGCAGUCUCUGUAGCAACAUGCCUUACCUAUGAGAAUAAGUCAGCGCUAAAGAGAGAAUCUACUAAAUGGAAGGAAGGGAGGGAUAUAUGGUGGCAGGAUGUUGUGCCUACAUAUCCAACCACAUGUACGGUGGAGUGGGUUGACGCAGAGUAUCCACUUUUCCUGCUUUAUACUAGUGGGAGUACUGGAAAGCCAAAGGGUGUUCUUCAUACAACUGGAGGAUACAUGGUAUAUACUGCAACAACAUUCAAGUAUGCAUUUGAUUACAAACCAUCUGACGUGUACUGGUGUACAGCUGACUGUGGUUGGAUCACUGGGCACAGCUAUGUCACAUACGGGCCUUUGCUCAAUGGAGCUAGUGUUAUUGUCUUUGAAGGGGCUCCAAAUUAUCCUGAUCCUGGACGCUGUUGGGACAUAGUUGAUAAGUAUAAGGUGACAAUAUUCUAUACUGCUCCAACAUUGGUACGGUCCCUCAUGCGUGAAGGGAAUGAGCAUGUCACUCGCUACUUGAGAAAAUCCUUACGAGUUCUUGGAAGUGUGGGCGAGCCCAUCAAUCCCAGUGCAUGGAGGUGGUUCUACAACGUGGUUGGAGAGUCGCGGUGUCCUAUAUCAGACACUUGGUGGCAAACUGAAACUGGUGGCUUCAUGAUUACUCCAUUACCAGGUGCAUGGUCUCAGAAGCCGGGUUCUGCUACUUUUCCCUUUUUUGGAGUUCAGCCCGUACUGGUGGAUGAAAAAGGGAAUGAGAUUGAAGGUGAAUGCAGUGGAUAUUUAUGCUUGAAAAGCUCAUGGCCUUCAGCAUUUAGAACUCUGUACAAUGAUCAAGAAAGAUACGAAACGACUUACUUCAAGCCAUUCCCUGGCUAUUACUUUAGCGGUGAUGGCUGCACCAGGGAUAAGGAUGGAUACUACUGGCUUACUGGAAGAGUUGAUGAUGUUAUAAAUGUCAGUGGGCAUCGUAUUGGCACAGCAGAAGUGGAAUCUGCCCUAGUUUCACAUCCCCAAUGUGCAGAAGCUGCUGUAGUUGGUGUUGAGCACGAGGUCAAAGGACAAGGCAUUUAUGCAUUUGUGACUCUAGUGGAUGGUGUUUCUUAUAGCGAAGAGCUCCGGAAAAGCCUUAUUAUCACUGUUAGAAAGCAGAUAGGGGCUUUUGCAGCACCUGACAAAAUCCAUUGGGCACCUGGACUUCCAAAAACAAGGAGUGGAAAAAUAAUGAGGAGGAUUCUAAGGAAAAUUGCCUCUAAGCAGUUGGAGGAACUUGGAGAUAUUAGCACGCUUGCAGAUCCCGGUGUGGUCGAUCAACUCAUCGAGCUUGCUGAUUGCUGAAGGUGAGAACUGUAUCAAGUGGGACGAGUUUGAGAGGUUUUAAGCAAAUUUAGAGUUUGUUGGCAAUUGAGUGAGAGCAUGUGUUGAGAACUAGAUGUUAAACAUUUAUUUCUGACUUGCCCUGAGCAGAACCAUUUCGUUGUGUGCUGGGCAAGUCCACAAAGUUCUUAAAUAAGGUUGAAUCCCUCCCACCCAUUUUUAUAAUGGUCUGUUUGAAAUUACUUAAAAAGAAAAAAAUAUUUUCAAAAAGUUCAUUUUCAUUUAAACACUUUUGAUAAAA